UCAAUGUGAAUACACCUUCCCUUAGUGUAGUGCAAUAGAACGAAGCACAUGGUGCAUUAGAAGAUAAGAAUCCAACUUCAAUCUCUAAUUAGAAUGAAACAUAAUAAUAGAAUGUUGACCAAAAUCUCCCACACCCACCGCCCUAAAAUGAAUGACAUAAAAAAACCUUCAUUUAGUUAUCUUCACCUUUUUCUAAUGUCAAUAUUUCUACAGUUACUUGGCGUCUCCAUUUUCCAAUCUAAUUAUUUACAACGUACCUUUAUCUUGCAACCAAAAUUCAUUAUUUUCAUAGAACCACACUUUUAAAAGUUGGCUUUUGCAAUUAACCCAUAACUUUCUUACCUCCUACUCCAAUCAUACAUCUCAACCACCCACACACCUUUUCACAUGCACAUAAUAUGUGCAUUCCUUCCUAGUCCAUGCACCAUCCCUUCAUUCAAAGCCCAUUUCUAAGUCCAAAAUACACGAAUAUACUAACCAAAUCCUAAAACUCAAACAUGAGAUUCAACAAAAUCCACUUUUGGCUAUCAAGCUUUGUCAUGUUUCUCAUUUCUAUUAUCAUUGUUCAUUACAGCACGCCACUUACCAACACCUAUAACACUACUAUUAAUAGUUCUCAAGGUAGUUUCGGUGUUCAACUUGGCAUAUUAAACAAGCUUAUAAAAUUAAAUGGUGUUCAAGAUUUCGUGUAUUUGGUGGUAUCAAGUAUUGCACAGCAUCAUCAUAGGGAGAAGCAUAAGGAAAAACGCGACCGGGUCGAAUGGACUUCUAAAUCAUUUUUAAAUUGUAAUGCGACCAUUGUUUUCACGGUUGAUUUAAAGGGUCAUGCUAACUUUAGUAGCAUUCAAAAAGCAGUUGAUGCUGUUCCUGAAUCUAGCUCUAAUACCACUCUCAUCAUAAUCAAUUCUGGUACAUACAGAGAGAAGAUAGCGGUUCAAGCCAACAAAACAAAUCUAAUACUACAAGGUCAAGGAUAUCUUAAUACAAUCAUAGAAUGGAAUGACACUUCAAAUUCCACUGGUGGGACUUCCUUUAGUUACUCAUUUGCAGUCUUUGCUUCUAAGUUCUCUGCUUACAACAUUAGCUUUAAGAACACUUCUCCUCCACCUUCACCAGGAGAGGUUGGAGCACAGGCAGUAGCGCUGAGAGUUACCGGUGAUCAAGCGGCAUUCUAUGGCUGCGGUUUUUAUGGCGCGCAGGACACACUCAAUGAUGACAUGGGAAGACAUUAUUUUAAGGAAUGUUUCAUUCAAGGAUCCAUUGAUUUCAUAUUUGGAAAUGCUAGAUCACUUUACGAGGAUUGCACCAUAAACUCAAUAGCAAAACAAGAUUUAGGUGGUGUUGACGGGUCUAUCACGGCGCAAGGAAGACAAUCAUUAGAGGAACAAACAGGAUUUUCGUUUGUGAAUUGCAACAUUGUUGGAAGUGGAAAAGUGUGGCUUGGAAGAGCUUGGGGACCAUUUGCCACAGUUGUUUUUUCAACAACAAACAUGUCUGAUGUGGUAGCUCCUGAGGGAUGGAACGAUUGGAAUGAUCCAUCUAGAGACCAGACUGUUUUCUUUGGAGAGUACCAUUGUACUGGAGUUGGAGCAAAUGAUACAUCUAGAGUCUCUUAUGCAAGACAACUCAGAGAUUGUGAAGCAAUUUCAUAUAUUAAUGUUUCAUAUAUUGAUGGAAAUGAUUGGCUUCUUAACUAUUUAACUUGAUUUUUUUAAUAAUAAAUUUAUAUGAUCAAUUUUAAUUUUGUUUUUGUCUCUCUUAUCAAUCAUGUUGUUUUUUUUCGUCUAUUCUAUUUGUUAACUUUCUAUUAGUUUAACUAACAUCUAUAUGUGGCUCUCCCUACUAAGUCUAACGCCAAUCAC